UGCUAUUUCAAUGAUGUGAUGUCUGAGCUGCGGUGUCAUCUGAACCUGCCGGAAGAGUUUAUUUUAGUUACACUGGGCAACCUGCCAUCAGCCUAUGCACUUAAGUGUAUCCGUUUUGUGAGAAUGACCCUGUAUGAUAUGGACUGCAUGCUGGAGUUAGUCAACGACAGCAGGAUGAGACAAGCAUUUUGUGGUGUUCUGGAAAAAUGGUCAAGAGCAGUAAAUUUCUAUUUCACUAACUGGGAAAAGUGCUCAUUCCGCAGAAUGGAUGCAUCACAAUUCUGCGAUCCAAUUCUUCCUAUUUAUGCUCAUGUGACCAGCAACUGGCUGACCUGUGAGGAGCCGGAGCUCAAGCAGGCUAUCAUCAAAGCCUUUGGUCCCAUGAUGAGCCUCCUGCUACACAAAGAGGAGUAUCAAGAUCAGCUAUUUAAACCGAUCUCAUGGCUCCUUGAGCAAUAUAAGGAGAACACUGAUGUUUUUCACAUCACCAAGGUGAGGUACCGCUCCUUAAGUUCAUAA